AUGCAAAAGGUUGUGGACCUCUUGGAAUCUGUGGUUCUAUUGCCGAAUGACGGUGAGUCAGAACGCCUGUCGGGUUAUCCAUUAGCCACCGAGAUUAUUGAAUGCGUUUGUCAGUUUCCACUAGAAGGUCCCACUCUUAUGCGUUUAAAAACCGCCUGCAAACGAUUGCUUUCCCAGUCCGUGGAUUCAUCGUCUUCCCAACAGCAAAUGGCAAAUCUUAUUCGCUGUUUAUUCACAAACAAGCUUUCGAAGUUGUUCAAUUGUGAGGACCUUAUGGAGUUUGUUCCGCUGUUACGCCAACGAAUACGUCUAUCGGAAUUGGUCACUUCAGACGACAUUUCUUUACUAUUUGAUACGCUUUCUCUCAUCUUCCGCUCUAAUUGCCCUCUAAAACUCCAGUGGAUUUCUUAUCUUUAUCGUGAAUAUUCUAAAAGUGAUUCGGGAUACGAUAGCCUUUUUGACGAUCUUUUGAUCCUACUGCUUGCUAACGGGACGGAAUUGUCAGUGGAAAGUAAUCCGGAUGCUACUGUUUCUAUUAAACGGAAGGAAGUUUCCUUGGUAUUAAAGACGCUUGGUCCUGUUGCAGAGAGAAUCGCGUCCUUCGACUUUUGUGAGCCAGGGGGAGAACAAUCAAGCAUGGUAGUUAUGCAGCUCUGUAACACUAUCUGCCCUUCAAUGCCCAAGACUUCUGGAAGGCCACAGGUAGCCAAAAAGACUGCAAUCAUUCUUGAUAUUGUGCUUCAACUCUCUAAAGCUUUCUCAGAGAAACUGUCACCUUUCUCGGAUAUACUACUCACCCUUGUCGAUAGAAUAAGUACGUCAGAAGGUGGAGAGGGUCGACAACCAGAUAUUCCUGAUUUGAGGGAUAUACGAAAACUUUAUGCAAUCCUGGUAUACACUGCAUUUUGGCUGAGGACAGUUGGGCUGAUUGGUGCCGUGACGGUUCUGGAGAUGCUUUGCCGGAAACAAAAGCGACCAGAAAACGAAGGACUCAUCAACAAUACACCAAUGUCUCAAAUUGAAAAUGUCGAGUGUUCUCAAAGCGGUGUACUGGCCAGUCAAAUUAUUCCUGUAAAUUCUCAAGUUCCUGGUUCACCAAACUCUUCUCGCAACAGUUAUGGCCACCUCAGCCUAAAAGGUCCGGGCACAAGUCUUGCUGAUGACUCCCAGGAGAUAAACCUUCCAAUCGAAUCGGAAUUGGACUCUGAAAAUCAGGAAUCCGGCAGGGCAUUCCUCCCUCAACCAUCGAGGCUCAUACUUCAAUUGGUCGGCCUGGUUGAAAAUGCAAUCAGACAGACACAGCUGACGCAGUUAAAGGUUUUGUGGUUGGACGAGCUCGCCGCGAUGUUUGCACGUCUGGAGGAGACCAUGCGUCAAGGCGACGCCUCUCUUGCUACAAAUGCGAAGACCUUUAUCGAUUGGAUGGGGAGCCGGGUGAUGCGAGAAUUCCAGGAGGAGUUUGUGGUAGACAAUGCGGCAACUCCCGGCAAUGAGACACAUUUGGCACUUAAUCGGAGGGAAAUAUGCGAAAUUGCACUCAACGUGGGGCCCGCAUUUACUCGUCACAUGGCUUCUACGGCCUCAACUAGGCCUCUGUUAUUGACACAAGUCGGAAACCAGACCUCCCACAAAAGGCCUAGGCUCUCAGCUCCACGGAACCUCUGUCCCUCCCUCAUACCCUGCCAUCUCCACCUGCUGGCCGUCGUUGAGUCCACGCGAAGCAACCGUAGCCUCGAUGGUAAUUUUAUUCUUGAAAUCUUUUUCGGUUGA